UCUCACGGCCGCUCUUGACGGUAAUCCUGUUCGAGAAAGCGUUUUACAUGAACUACAAGUACCUGCUUCCCCUGAGCACAGUUGCGCAUGCGCAGAGAAGCAGCUUCGUCAAAUGUUUUGUUUGUACUCCAUAGAUUUGUUAGCCGGCUAGCGCUCACUGGCGGAAAUCAAGCGGAGUAGGAUGCGAUUUUAGCACAAUCCGAAAUCAUCGGUGCUUUUAUAAAGAUUAUCGGCUCAACCACUGCGUUCCUCACUUCUUUUAAGUGUUCAUUUCUUCUUAGCCAAGGUUUUGGGUGGAAAUCGACGCAGGAUUUAAAUAAUAACGAAGCGAUUAAGUCGUGUUCCCUUGAGAUCCGGGCAGGACAGUCGCUAUCUUUCUCUCUCUCUCUCUCUGUGUGUGUGCGUGCGCGCGGAUCAUUUCUCUUUAUCUCAUUUACAGACGUACUCUGUAGUUGAAAUGGCUUGUGGGGCCACGCUGAAAAGGACUAUGGAUUUUGAUCCUUUGAUGAACCAAGCGUCUCCAAAGAGGAGGAGAUGUGCGCCCAUGUCCCCGUCCUCCUCCAGCGCCUCCCCGCAGAAGUACCUGCGCAUGGAGCCCUCGCCCUUCGGCAGAGUGUCUUCAGCCCUCACCACAGAGCAAAUUUUGUGCAACAUAAAGCAGGAGUACAAGCGCAUGCAGAAGAGAAGACAUCUGGAGAACAGCUUCCAGCAGACAGACGCUUGUUGCCCCAUCGACUCGCAGCCACACACCUCCAUCAGCAGCACAGCCACACUGCCAGGAGCCUCUGGAUCGGUGUCGCCCUCCAGACGGGAGCAACCGUUAUUCACGCUGAAGCAAGUGGGCAUGAUCUGUGAGCGUCUGCUGAAGGAGCGUGAGGAGAAGGUUCGGGAAGAGUAUGACGAGAUCUUGACAACCAAACUUGCAGGCUUGCUUGGCCGCAGUUCUCUGAUUGGUGGAUCUUUCUCUGCUGUACCAUGGGUAAUGUAGUUGUUCACCAUGUAUUCCACUAUCAAACACGAUUUUUAAACAAUGCCUUUAAAGAGGCCUGUCUUUAAAGUUUAUAUGUUAUCGUUAAAAUAAUUUCAUCCAUGGAAAGAAUGAACCGGAUUUCUUCUUCCGGAACCAGACUGUUGCACUCUAUUAUGGCACUUUAUCUCUAUUUUAUGUUCUAACAGACUGUCUUAUUAAUACUUCAUAUCUUUAAAAGCAUGCACUUAAAGGCCCUAAAGUGCUUGACCCUGUUCAUUAAUUGCUGCUUGCAGUUUUGUCCUGAAACACAGCUGUCAUCACAACAUGUUAUUUAAUAAAAUGAACAAAAUAUGAUCUCCAGUGGAGCUCAAAAUUAAAAUAAGGGUCUAUUUUUUUGUCUCCUAACAUUAUAAGUGCUUAAUAAGGUGAAUAUUUUU